AUGGCUCAUCAUCAUCAACUUCUCCUCCCAUUAAUCCUUGCCCUGAUUCUUCUUCUCAUCCUCCCAUCAUCCUCCCAUACAGCUACACAAGCCAUGUUCUCGAUGCCUCUCCAAUUCCUCUUCGGCGGCCAAAGCCUUACCGACGGUGACCUAACUUUAUCCCUAUCCAAGGACUGUGGCCUUAUUCUCUACAAAACCGGCAGCCCCGUCCUAAACUUCAACACAAGCACCACCACCUCAUACUGUGCCCUCUUCGUCAGUGACAAAGGCCAACUUAUUCUGAUCCCCGAUAAUGAGCGAACCCCCACUCAAACCAUCGGCAAGGAGACCAGCACCGGCCGAUACGCUUUGCUAUUCAUAGACGGCAAGCUUGGUAUCUUUGGCCCUGCCAUCUGGAACAAUGGUGUCCAGCCUCCAACUUUAUUUAAUAUCGACAAACCCACCCUAGGCCUUAACCAUGAAAAGCUCAAGACAGGGUCCACAGAUUACAUUCUUUUCUCUGGUAACAUUGCCACUGGCAGUGCAAAUGGUGAUGUUGUUAUUGCACAAAACGGCAUGGUUACAACUGUUAUUACUAAUGGAUGUGCACUCGCUGUGAAGGAUGAUGCUACUGAUAGUACUAUAUGGCAUUCAUGGCCAACGAGUUCUGAACCAACAGAGUGCUUUCUUGAGCUUAAGUCUAAUGGAGAGCUUCUUCUUCAAGGGUAUAAUGAAUCUGGAGUUUAUACACAGUGGGAAGGUGGACAUGCAGCUAGAGAGAAUCUUUAUGUUUGUCUUCUUCGGUAUUUUGGUAGGAUUGCUAUUUAUGGACGUAGGACUUGGCUUUAUGAUGGUUCUUCUGCUACGUCUGCCGCUGUUGUUGCUGAGAAGAUUAAGAUGGUGACUGCUUAG